AUGGCCGCUGCUGCAGAUCGAAGCUCAAUGGACAUUGAUCCUCCUGCUUCUCCCUCGAACAACCCUAAUGCCGUCAAUGGGGCUGAACCCGACCGCACUCCCACCCCGCCGCCGCAUAAGUCGAAUGGCUCGGUCGCCGAAGCCGACUCGUUCAAGCUGGCGGGCAACAAAUUUUUCAAGGAUGGAAACUACAAUCGUGCCAUCGAGGAGUUCACCAAGGCGAUCGAAAUCAACCCCAGCUCCUCAGUCUACCUGUCCAACCGUGCCGCCGCCUAUCUCUCCGCAAACCGUUACCUAGAAGCCUUGGAAGAUGCCGAGCGCGCCCUGGAACUCGAUCCCACCAAUUCCAAGAUCAUGUAUCGUCUAGCCCGCAUUCUCACCGCGCUGGGACGCCCCGCCGAGGCCCUUGAGGUCCUGUCGCGGGUGCAACCCCCCGCGUCCGUCACCGACCGGGCGGCCCCCGAGAAGAUGUUGCGCUUCGUGAAACAGGCCGAGGAGAUUCUGGCGGAGGAUCGGGGGGUGUCGAUGGUCGUAUUCUGCUUGGACCAAGCCCGCCAGCUGCUGGGUCGCGGCGUCAAGGAGCCUCGCAAGUGGAGCCUGCUGGGCGCUGAGGCCCAGCUGAAGAUGGGCAAUGAGAACUCGUUGAGGAAGGCGCAGGAUAUUGCCAUUUCCAUGCUGCGGGAAAACAACCAGGAUCCGGAUGCGCUGAUGAUCCGUGCUCGUGCGUUCUACGGGCUGGGCGACUCCGACCAGGCCCUGAAGCUGCUCAAGAUGUGUCUGGGCCUGGAUCCGGACAUGAAGUCGGCGAUCAGGCUGCUGCGGACGGUCCAGAAGCUGACGCGCACCAAGGAGGAAGGUAACAACGCCUUCAAGGCGAGGGACUACCGCAAGGCCAUCGAGCUGUGGUCCGAGGCGCUGGCCGUCGAUCCGCAGAACAAGGACAUGAACGCCAAGAUUCUGCAGAACCGCGCUCAGGCAUACAUCAACCUGAAGGAGUAUGACAACGCCAUCAAUGACUGCAGCGAGGCGCUGAAGCUGGAUCCUUCCUACAUCAAGGCGCAGAAGAUGCGCGCCAAGGCCUACGGCGGCGCGGGCAACUGGGAAGAGGCCGUGCGGGAGUACAAGGCGGUCGCGGAGGCCAACCCGACCGAGAAGGGCAUCGCCGAGGAGAUCCGUCGUGCGGAAUUCGAGCUGAAGAAGGCCCAGCGGAAAGACUACUACAAGAUUCUCGGGGUCUCCAAGGAUGCUUCCGAGCAGGAUAUCAAGAAGGCUUAUCGCAAGAUGGCCAUUCAGUAUCACCCGGACAAGAACCGCGACGGAGAAGCCGGUGACGAAAAGUUCAAGGAGAUCGGCGAAGCCUAUGAAACCCUGAUUGAUCCUCAGAAGCGCGCUGCUUACGACAACGGUGAUGAUCUCAUUGAUCCUGCCGACAUGUUCGCUGGCCGUGGCUUUGGCGGCAUGGGCGGCAUGGGUGGCAUGGGCGGUGCCACGCACAUCAACAUCGAUCCCAACAUUCUUUUUAACAUGAUGAACGGCGGUGGCGGCGGCGGCGGAUUCGCUUCGGCUGGAGGUCACCCCUUCGGCGGGCAGUCCCAAGGCUUCCCUGGAGGAUUCUCCUUCUAA